AUGGCCGCCGUUGCAACCUCCGCUUACGGCAGCUGUAUUCCCGCCAAUUUCCUCCAUUCCCCGCUAAAAAUAACCAACCAGAUUUCAUCCCCGCCGCCAUUGUACAUCUCCACAAACCCAUCCCACGUAAACCCAAGCCAUCUCCAGCACCUCUACGCUCUCUGCAACCACUCCUGCCACCGCUUCCCUAAGCUCGACUCCGAUUGCCGCGUAGAGCUUAUAGACGUCGGCAAACUCCGAACUGCUCUGUCCAAUAGCUCCGUUGUCGUAUCGGUCUUCACGAAACCCGAAUUAGCUAAUGAUUUAUCGUCCACUGCUGAAGUCGGGACAAGAUGGAUGGGCAUUGGUGGGAAUUGGAUUCAGCGAGUGAUGCCGGUGACUCCAGAUAACGGGAAGCUUGUGGGGUUUGGACGCGCUGUUUCUGAUUUAGGGCUAACUGCUUCCAUCUAUGAUGUCAUGGUCGGAACACUUUUCCUUCUGAAAAGAAUGCUUACUGGCAAAGGGGUGUACGAUAUAUCCGCCCUUUGCUCUGAGAAAGAGGGGCUAUUCUUUAAAGCAUGUGGAUUUGGAGAAGAUAUUCUUGGUUCCACUACAAUGAUGUAUACUGGGACAUCUAGCUGUCCUGAUGCACAUCAGACUGCUAUAUAUGCUGGCAGAAAGCUACUUUUAAGUCCCCCAUCAAGACAAUAG